CACCCCCCUGCAAGCCUGUCCCCACCACUCAGGCCAGGCAGGUGUCUGGGCCACCUGAAACCCAGGCGUGCUUGGGAAACAGGCUUGCAGAACUACGGGGAGAGGCCCUCGCUUUCAGCCCCCCCCCCAGGAAGAUGGGCUGGGCCCCCCCACAGCUCAGCACAGUCAGAGCCACCUCGGUUUGCCCUGGUACCCCCCGGGAAUCCCCCAGAAGAAGCCGGCACCAGAAACAGUGGCAGUGUGAGCCUGCCCGAGCACGCUGAUGAGCUGCGGGGCUUUUGUGCUCACUUGCUCUUUGUAUUGGAGGCGCGCACUGUAAGAGCUGCACCAGGCAGGGCUGGGCCAUGUGAGUGGGGGCCCGCUGCGGCAGGGCAGGGACCAGCGGCCAGAGUGGCCGGGCCUCUCCCUCCCAGUGGCCCCUGUCUAGGUCUCUCUGGAGACACCACAGCAGGCCAGCUAGAGACCAAGAGGGGAAAAUGCUCAAGUUCAAGGCCUUCUGCCUGGAUUACUGGCAGUUCCUGUGCCUGCAGCCGCUGCAUGGGGCCUAUAAAAGUGUUGAGGGUGAGGCUCCCAGCAGUGAGACUGCCACGUCGCUGGACAGUCCCUCAGCUUACCACCAGGGCCCCUUGGUGCCCAGUUCCAGCCUGAGCCCAGACCACUACGAACACCCUUCGGUGGGCGCCUAUGGGCUGUACUCUGGGCCAGGGCCACAGCAGCGCACACGAAGGCCCCGACUUCAGCACUCGACCUCUGUCCUGCGCAAGCAGGCUGAGGAGGAGGCCAUCAAGCGCUCCCGGUCGCUCUCUGAGAGCUAUGAGCUCUCCUCGGAUCUGCAGGACAAGCAGGUGGAGAUGCUAGAACGCAAGUAUGGGGGGCGCCUCGUGACCCGCCAUGCGGCCCGCACCAUCCAGACAGCAUUCCGCCAAUAUCAGAUGAACAAGAACUUUGAGCGCCUGCGCAGCUCCAUGUCAGAGAACCGCAUGUCGCGCCGCAUUGUGCUGUCCAACAUGAGGAUGCAGUUCUCCUUCGAGGGCCCAGAGAAAGUGCACAGCUCCUACUUUGAGGGCAAGCAGGUCUCAGUGACCAAUGACGGCUCCCAGCUGGGGGCCCUGGUGCCCUCUGAGUGUGGAGACCUUGGCGAGUCCACCCUCAAGUCUCCAGCCCCCUCCAGUGACUUUGCAGAUGCCAUCACAGAGCUGGAGGAUGCCUUCUCCAGGCAGGUGAAGUCGCUGGCCGAGUCCAUCGAUGAUGCUCUCAACUGCCGCAGCCUUCAUGGCGAGGAGGUGCCAACCCCAGACAUCGCGUGCUCACGGGACACCGAGCCCAAGCCAGGCCUUCACGGCAUGGACCACCACAAGCUGGAUGAAAUGACAGCCUCGUACAGCGAUGUCACCUUGUACAUUGAUGAGGAAGAGCUGUCACCCCCUCUGCCGCUCUCACAGGCUGGGGACCGGCCUUCUAGCACUGAGUCGGACCUGCGACUACGGGCUGGGGCCGUGGCGCAGGACUACUGGGCCCUGGCCCAUAAGGACGACAAAGCUGACACAGACACCAGCUGCCGGAGCACACCGUCCCUGGAGCGGCCGGAGCCGCGGCUGCGGGUGGAGCACCUUCCCUUGCUCACCAUCGAGCCACCCAGUGACAGCUCUGUGGACCUCAGUGACCGCUCAGACCGCGGCUCACUCAAGAGGCAGAGUGCCUAUGAGCGUGGCCUCGGUGGGCAGCAGGGCAGCCCAAAGCACGGCCCUCACAGUGGACCCCCCAAGGGUCUCCCACGGGAGGAGCCCGAGUUGCGGCCCCGGCCCUCCAGACCCCUCGAGAGCCACUUGGCCAUCAACGGCUCCGCCAACCGGCAGAGCAAGUCUGAGUCAGACUACUCAGACGGGGACAAUGACAGCAUCAAUAGCACGUCUAACUCCAAUGACACCAUCAACUGCAGCUCUGAGUCCUCCUCGCGGGACAGCCUGAGGGAACAGACACUUAGCAAGCAGACAUACCAUAAGGAGACCCGCAACAGCUGGGACUCCCCAGCCUUCAGCAACGAUGUCAUCCGCAAGAGGCAUUACCGCAUUGGCCUGAACCUCUUCAACAAGAAGCCUGAGAAGGGUGUCCAGUACCUCAUUGAACGUGGCUUCGUGCCUGACACACCAGUGGGGGUGGCCCACUUCCUGCUGCAGCGCAAGGGUCUGAGCCGCCAAAUGAUCGGCGAGUUCCUGGGCAACCGGCAGAAGCAGUUCAACCGAGAUGUGCUUGACUGUGUGGUGGACGAGAUGGAUUUCUCUGCCAUGGAGCUGGAUGAGGCCCUCCGCAAGUUCCAGGCGCACAUCCGAGUCCAAGGGGAGGCUCAGAAGGUGGAGCGGCUCAUCGAGGCAUUCAGCCAGCGGUAUUGUGUCUGCAACCCUGGGGUGGUGCGGCAGUUCCGGAACCCAGACACCAUCUUCAUCCUGGCCUUUGCUAUCAUCCUGCUCAACACAGACAUGUACAGCCCCAAUGUCAAGCCUGAGCGCAAGAUGAAGCUGGAGGACUUCGUCAAGAACCUCCGAGGUGUGGACGAUGGCGAGGACAUUCCCCGGGAGAUGCUAACUGGCAUCUACGAGCGGAUCCGCAAGCGGGAGCUGAAGACCAAUGAGGACCACGUGUCCCAGGUGCAGAAGGUGGAGCAACUCAUCGUGGGCAAGAAGCCGAUCGGAUCCCUGCACCAUGGGCUUGGCUGUGUGCUGUCCCUGCCUCACCGGCGGCUGGUCUGCUACUGCCGGCUCUUUGAGGUUCCAGAUCCCAGUAAGCCCCAGAAACUGGGACUGCACCAGCGAGAGAUCUUCCUGUUCAAUGACCUCCUGGUGGUCACCAAGAUCUUCCAGAAGAAGAAGAACUCAGUGACGUACAGCUUCCGGCAGUCCUUCUCCCUGUGCGGCAUGCAGGUCUUGCUCUUCGAGAACCAACACUACCCCAAUGGCAUCCGGCUGACGUCUGCUGUCCCUGGAGCAGACAUCAAGGUGCUAAUAAACUUCAACGCUCCCAACCCUCAGGACCGGAAGAAGUUCACUGAUGACCUGAGGGAGUCUGUUGCUGAGGUGCAGGAAAUGGAGAAGCACCGGAUAGAGUCGGAAUUGGAGAAGCAAAAGGGUGUUGUCCGGCCCAGCAUGUCACAGUGCUCCAGCCUUAAAAAGGAGUCAGGCAACGGGACACUGAGCCGGGCCUGCCUGGAUGACAGCUAUGCCAGUGGUGAGGGCCUUAAGCGCAGCGCCCUCAGCAGCUCUCUCCGUGACCUCUCAGAAGCGGGGAAGCGAGGGCGUCGCAGCAGUGCGGGAUCGCUAGAGAGCAAUGUGGAAGGAUCCAUCAUUAGCAGUCCUCACAUGCGCCGGAGAGCAACAUCAACACGAGAGUGUCCAUCUCGCCCCCCUCAGCCCAUGCCAAACUCUUCCUCCCUCCUGGGCUCCUUGUUUGGGAGCAGGAGAGGGAAGCCCCCUCCCCAGACCCAUCCACCUUCGGCCCCUCCCCCGCUGCCCCCCCAUGCCCACCACCCGGGGCCCUCGGAGGGCCCACAGGUGCAUGGGCACCACGCGCAGUACUGCCACGUGCAGCAGAACCCACCCCCCUACCACCACCACCACCACUACCACCCGCCCCCUCACCUGCAGCACACUCACCAGUACCACCACGGCCCCCACGGCGGGCAUUCCCCAUACGGUGCCCACACGCACAGCCACCCACCGCUGCCCACAGCUCACGCUGGCCAUGUGGGGCAUGCAGGGCAUUCAGCGCACCACCACGGGCAGCCCCCUGCUCCACCACCCUCCACCAGCAGCAAGGCAAAACCCAGCGGCAUCAGCACAGUGGUGUAAACAGCCUAGGUGGCCGCCUCCCAGACAUUGGGCGCCCAGGCCUUCCAGGCCGCCAGCCUCAGACCAGCCCAGGGCACUGCUGUUUCCAUCCCCCUGCCCCCACAGGCUCACCUUCCAUGGAGCAGGGCUCUAGAUCUGAUAGCCCUGGCACCUGGUCCUCCCUCAGCCUUGACACUGCACUGGCCAAGGAGACGUGGAACUGCCUUCCCUCCCAAGCCCCUCACUUUACAUGCAUCUGAGAACCUAACCUAGAAAAAGAAGAAAUGAUAAAUCAGACAGAACAGAACCAACCCCAAACUUGCUGCACUGUUGCUCUGUUAUUGUCAAGGGGCAAAAAAAUUAAGUAGACCUGAUAUGGUUGAUGAAAAUACGUAAGUAAACUUUAUAUAAUAUAAAUAUAUAAAUAUAUAAAUAUAUAUAUAUACAUACUGUAUAGGUAGUGUUUGUGUGUGAAGGACAAGCAUUUCAUCCACAAAGUUAGCAAUAGGGACCUCCGAGGGCUCCACUUUCAUGAUAGGAAGUCAGUCUAGAUGAGUGUGUGAGAAAGAAAGUAGACCAAAAACUUCCUUGCUAGAACAAAUUCAGAUCCUUCCAUAUUUUCCUAUGAUGAAGAAAAUCCCUCUAGGCCUGGCUGAAACCUUGCACAAUCAUUACUAACUGUGCCAAGUAACAUAGCACCCGACCAUCUGAAAGCUCCCAUACUGCUUUGGAUAGCUCCCUGUUCCCCUAAGAACACUAUGCUCAGUGACCAGUAUUAUAACUGCUGUGACUUCAGGUAAGCAACUAGGUAAAAAACGCAGUCCCCUCUACCGUAGCAACUUGGGGCAACUAGUCAAGAGCUGGCUGUCUCAGGACAUUGGUCCCACCGAUCCUUAGACACUUUAUACUGGCUGCCAUAACUGUGAACUCCCAUGCUCCACAUUCCCUCCUUCUGCACACGGUGACACGUUCACUCCGAGGGCCCACGUGGCAGAGGGACACAGCCCUACACAACAAUGACCGCUCUCAUCCUCGUCCCCCCGUGCCAUCCUAACUCCCUCAUCUGGUCCCCAUCCCCAGCAGGCAGGUGGCGUGAGCGCUGAGCAGCCCAGGGCGGUGUGUGUGUCCCAUGUUGUGUUCUGAGUGGCGGCAGUGACCACUGUAAUUCCAUGCAGCCAUGUGCUCGUGACCCCGUGUCAUCAUCCAAGGCUGGCCAGUGAGUACCUGGCCUUGGCCAGGCGAAGCCCCCACUGCCUCUCAUGAUCCAGUGAGCUGCCAGGCCUCACAUGACCCAGCUGUGUUCUUGUUGCUUCUGUGUGUGACACCAUGCACUCCCCUGGGGCCGCACGCUGCCCACGUGCUGUGUGCCUGAGUCACCCAUGGGCUAUACUUUGCAGUUUCAGCCCUUCGAGCCACUACAGCCUCCAGUCCUGUGCUCCUAAGCCUGGGACCCGAGGACUGCCCAGGGCCCUGCCCGGGUGGAGGCCCUGCGAGAAAGGGCGAAGCUGCUGCCGGACUGCGGCUGCGUCUGGGAACCGUGUGAGCAAGCAGGGCUGUCCAGCAGUGAGAGGCAGGGAGCUCGCUCUGGCCGCGUCGUCAUCCUGCUGGGGCCUCCCCUUUCCCUCCUCAUUCCCCUGCACAUCGUCAAGGUCACGUACCAGCAGAUCUGCAAACUGAGCACUUUGUAUCUGCAGAGAGCAAGUCCCGGUGUGGAGGUCAGCCUCUGUCACGGCCUCCUUCGGCGCAGCACUUCUCACUGAAAGACAAACGACAGGCAGGCGGGCUGGUGAGGGGCACCAGCUGCACUGUGCCCGAGUCCCCUGCUUCCCUCACCAGGCGGGCUCCCAUGCCCCGUCUGUCCUCGGUACCGGAGGAAGCGUGAACUGUUCUGCACGUCACCGGAACCAGUGGUGUGAGGCUGUGCUCUCUGUGUCGUACAUUUGCAUACGCCAGCGUUACUGUUGCAAUAACUGAAGUAAAGUGUUAACACAGUGAA